CCUACCACCGAAUGCCCGCAUCGUCGCCGGUUUCUCUGCCGCCGUGCCAUCUCCGCCGUCCACUCUCCAUCCAAACCGCGCCACACCCGCCGCCCGCCCUCAUGGCCACGGCCGCCGCCGCCGCCGCCUUUUCCCCACUCUCCGGCGCCUUCCUCCGCCACCGCCGCUGCUUUCCGCUCCGCCGCAGUGGACGCCUUCUCGCCGUCGCGGCUGUCUCCCCGGAAGCCCCCUCGCCUGCUCCCGCCUCGCCCCCGCCGCCGCCGGCGGCGGCUUCCCCACCGCCGCGCAAGGGCUACUUCCCGAAGCGGAACGAGGUCCUCGAGCUGACCUGCGAGGGGCUCGCGUUCAAGGGGAAGGGCGUCUGCAGGGUCGACGGCUCCAGCUUCGUCCUGCUCUGCGACGGCGCCCUCCCCGGCGAGCGCCUCGUCGCCCGCGUCCGCCGCAUCCGCCGCGGCGCCUUCGCCGAGGCCGCCAAGCUCAGGACCCUCGAGCCCCACCACGACGCCGUCGACGCGCCCUGCCCCCUCGCCGCCGACUGCGGCGGCUGCAAGACUCAGUCCCUCGCGUACGCCGCGCAAGUCCGGCACAAGUACCUCCAGGUGCGCGAGCUGCUCGUGAACUUUGGCAAGUUCAAUCCCAAGAAACUGGAGAGCGAUGAGCCCGACGCAAUCUUGAAGCCCAUCGUGCCGUGCGACGAGAUAUUCCGGUACAGGAACAAGAUGGAAUUCUCUUUCGGGACGAAGAGAUGGAUGAAAAGAGAGUGGAAGGAGGAGAAGGACGAUGAGGUGGUGAGGGAGGAAAAGAUUGAAGGUGAUGGCUAUUCGCUUGGAUUGCACGCGCCAGGGUUCUUUGAUAAGGUGCUGCAUGUAGAGAAAUGCUUACUGCAGAGCGAGCCAGCAGAUAAGGUACUUGCCAUUGUUCAAGAAACCUGGAUGGAUCCAUCUCUUGGUCUCACACCUUAUGAUGUGCACAAGCACAUUGGGUUUCUCAAGCAUCUUAUGAUAAGAACAGGAAGAAACGUCAACACUGGAGUUCCAGAAGUCAUGGUUAAUUUUGUGACAUCAUGUUAUAAACCAGAGCUACUGGGACCUCUUAUUAACAAGAUCACAGAAAUACCAGAAGUCGUCAGCAUCAUGAAUAAUGUGAACACAUCUGUUGGCAAUACAUCUGUGGGGGAAGAAGAAUAUACCUUGUAUGGGAAACCGACCAUUACAGAGAUGUUGAGAGGACUUACAUUCCAGAUAUCUGCCAACUCCUUUUUCCAGACUAAUACAAAACAGGCCGAUGUUCUGUACAAGCUUAUCGGGGACUCUGCUGGGCUUAAGGGAGAUGGCUCUGAGAUUAUUCUUGACUUAUUCUGUGGAACCGGAACCAUUGGUUUGACCCUUGCAAGAAGGGCAAAGCACGUAUAUGGAUAUGAAGUUGUUCCAGAAGCCAUUGCAGAUGCUAAAAAGAAUGCUAAGCUGAAUGGUAUCAGCAAUGCUACAUUUGUUCAGGGAGACCUUAAUAAAAUCAAUGAAACAUUUGGGAAGGAAUUUCCUAAGCCUGACAUAAUCAUAUCAGAUCCUAAUCGGCCAGGGAUGCACAUGAAACUAAUCAAGUGGCUACUAGAAGUUAAAUCCCCUCGAAUAGUGUAUGUUUCGUGUAAUCCAGCUACCUGUGCACGUGAUUUGGAUUACUUAUGUCAUGGCGUGGAGGAUAAAGAUUUGAGAGGAUGCUACCAGCUGAAGACUGUAGUACCUGUAGAUAUGUUCCCCCACACUCCUCAUAUCGAGUGUAUCUGCGUGCUAGAGCUGUGUUGAUUGUCUGUUUUGUUCAGCUGAAAACAAGCACAGGGAUUUCAAACAUGCUCCAUCUUGUCCUCAUUUCCUGACAAUUAGACUUGCAGAUCGGAUGGUGGUCUUACAAGCCAUGGAGUUGGUGUUUUUUUUUACUAAAGCCUGUUUAGAGUUACAAGAUACUUGAAGAUCACGUUUUGGGUUUCAUGGUAGUACAGCUGGGAGUAUGCUGCUUCGCUGAAUGAAUUCUUCAGUUGACAUAUCUCAUGCCUGCAGAUUAAGAGGAGAGGUUCUCUUAAAGAACAAACAGAUGAGAAGGGAUUUUGAUGUAGCUCAUCAACCUGAAUUGUGAUUGGAGCUACCCAUACGUUAAAGAAAUUGUUUUCUGAU